AGCGCGGCGCGCCUGCGUCGGCGCCGGGUCAAGGGUCGCCGGGAAGAUGGCGGCGCUGGUGACCUUCCGCCGGCUGCUGCCCCGGGGUGUUCGGAGCUUCGGGGUGCAGCUGGCGCCGACGGGAGAGAAGAUCACGCACACCGGGCAGGUCUAUGAUGAUAAAGACUACAGGAAAGUUCGAUUUGUAGGUCGUCAGAAAGAGGUCAAUAAGAACUUUGCCAUCGAGCUGAUAGCAGAGCAGCCUGUGAGUGAGGUGGAGCACCGGGUGAUCGCCUGCGACGGAGGCGGGGGCGCCCUCGGUCACCCCAAGGUCUACAUAAACCUGGACAAAGAGACAAAAACGGACUGUGGCUACUGUGGCCUGCAGUUCAAGCAGCACCCUCACUAGCGGGGCGGGGGCCCCGGGGCCUGUGCCACGCGCGCUGCGGUGAGGCGGAGGCCGGAGGGCGCCGGUGCUCCCAGCGCUGAAUAAAGGCAACCCCGUCUGCACGGC